AUGUUCCGUCAAAUCGCUGCCAUCGCUGCCUUCUUGUGCCUUACCUACGCUGCUCCAUUCACAAGUAUUGAGGAUAUUCCGGCUGAGUACAGAGAGCUUAUCCCCAAAGAAGCUAAGGACUUUCUGACCGGUCUUUCUGAUGCUGACAAGGCUGUGCUUAAGGAUAUUGCCAAGAACUACGCCACAUACAAGAACGAGGAUGAGGCUUUGGCUGCGUUGAAAGCGAAAUCACCUGAACUUGGUGAAAAAGCCGAGAAGCUUCACGCUAUGGUGAAAGGCAAAGUUGACGCCCUCGGAGAUGAAGCAAAAGCUUUCGCUAAGGAGAUUAUCGCUGGAGCACGUAAGAUCCAGGCUCAGGUUGUUGCCGGAAACAAGCCGAACCUUGCCGAACUUAAGGAGAAGGCACAAAGCGCGAUCAACAAGUACAAGGCUCUGUCUGAUGCAGCUAAGGAGGAUCUCCAGAAACAAUUCCCCAUCCUUACAUCCGUCUUCAAGAACGAGAAGUUCCAAAAGAUGGCCGAGACUCUGCUUGCCAAGAACUAA